AUGGUUUCCUCCACCGCCUCCAACCUCGAGCGCGAGGACCACAACCGCGAUGCCGCCUUCAACAAGGCCAUGCACGGCAAGUCGGCCCAGGCCCGCGGUGGCAUCGCCGCCAUGUUCUCCAAGGGCGCCGACGCCAAGAAGGCGGCCGUCGACGAGUACUUUAAGCACUGGGACAACAAGCCCGCCGCCAACGAGACGGCCGAGGAGCGCGCCGCUCGCACCGCCGAGUACGCGACCCUGACGAGACACUACUACAACCUCGCCACCGACCUGUACGAGUACGGCUGGGGCCAGUCCUUCCACUUCUGCCGCUUCUCCGUCGGCGAGCCCUUCUACCAGGCCAUUGCCCGUCACGAGCACUACCUCGCCCACAGCAUGGGCAUCAAGGAGGGCAUGAAGGUCCUCGACGUUGGCUGCGGCGUUGGCGGCCCUGCCCGCGAGAUCGCCAAGUUCACCGGCGCCCACAUCACCGGCCUCAACAACAACGACUACCAGAUCGAGCGCGCUACGCACUACGCCGCCAAGGAGGGGCUGUCGAACCAGCUCGACUUUGUCAAGGGCGACUUCAUGCAAAUGUCGUUCGAGGACAACACGUUCGACGCCGUCUACGCCAUCGAGGCGACGGUCCACGCGCCCACGCUCGAGGGCAUCUACAGCGAAAUCUUCCGCGUGCUCAAGCCCGGCGGCAUCUUUGGCGUCUACGAGUGGCUCAUGACGGACGAGUACGACAACAACAACCUGCACCACCGCGAGAUCCGCCUCGGCAUCGAGCAGGGCGACGGCAUCUCCAACAUGUGCAAGGUCAGCGAGGCUCUCGACGCCAUCAAGGCGGCCGGCUUCGAGCUGCUGCGCAACGAGGACCUGGCAGACCGUCCCGACCCGUCGCCCUGGUACUGGCCGCUGUCGGGCGAGCUGCGCUACAUCCAGUCGGUCGGCGACAUCUUCACCAUUGUGCGCAUGACCACCUGGGGCCGCACCAUUGCCCACAACCUGGCCGGCUUCCUGGAGAUGAUCAAGAUUGCGCCCGCCGGCACCAAGAAGACGGCCGACAGCCUGGCGCUCGCCGCCGACUGCCUCGUCGCCGGCGGCCGCGAGAAGCUCUUUACGCCCAUGUACCUCAUGGUCGGCCGCAAGCCGGCCCAGUGA